UCCAGCGCCGGGCUCCGCGGUCAGCACCAUGGACAGCGCACGUCUGGACGCUGCGGGCUUCUGGCAGCUGUGGCGGCGCUUCGACGCGGCAGAAAAGGGUUACCUGGAAGAGAAAGAUGCUGAUGCUUUCAUUCGCCAUAUGCUGAUGAAGUCGGGUGCUGAGGACGCGGUCGUGGAAGACAGUGUGCAGAAGAUGAAGCAGCAGUUCAUGGCUGCCCACGGUGCCUCGGGAGAAGGUCGCAUACCAAUGAAGGAGCUAGCCAGCAUGUUCCUGUCUGAGGAUGAAAACUUUCUCCUGUUCUUUCGCCUGGAAACCCCCUUGGACAAUAGUGUGGAGUUUAUGCAGAUUUGGCGCAAAUACGAUGCCGACAGCAGUGGCUUUGUAUCAGCUGCAGAACUUUGUAACUUCCUCCGGGACCUCUUCCUCCACCACAAGAAGACGGUCUCUGAGGAGAAGCUGGCAGAGUACACGGCCACCAUGAUGAAAAUCUUUGACAAAAAUAAAGACGGCCGGUUGGAUCUGAAUGACUUGGCUAGGAUCCUGGCUCUUCAAGAAAACUUUCUUCUGCAAUUUAAAAUGGACGCUUGUUCCACUGAGGAAAGGAGGAGGGACUUUGAGAAAAUCUUUGCACACUAUGAUGUUAGUAAAACAGGAGCCCUCGAAGGCCCGGAAGUGGAUGGAUUUGUCAAAGACAUGAUGGAACUUGUUCAGCCCAGCAUCAGCGGGGUGGACCUUGAUAAGUUCCGGGAGAUUCUGCUGCGCCACUGCGAUGUCAACAAGGAUGGAAAGAUCCAGAAGUCGGAGCUGGCCUUGUGUCUGGGCCUCAAAGCCGCUCCCUGACCCCAUCUGCCCUGCUCUCCUGGCUUUUGUGUCUGUGCUCUUGCUGUGGCAGUGUGUCUGGGCUUUGCUCUCGGGGAUCCAGUGGGCAGACAGCGAACCGUCCUUCCAAAGGCGGGCACAGUAGUGUCCACUGGAGGUCCCCAUCCGGCUUCUGCAGUGUCUUCCCCUCGGCCCCGUUAUUUCUGUCCCCUCCACUGCUCAGCUAACCCGCCAGGUCCGUCCUGUGUGCCCUCCCCUGUCACGGAGGAGGGCGGGCAGGGCAGCCAUCUCUAGCACUUCCUGUGACUUUCUGCCCAAUCAGGGUGGUGUGUGUCCUCCGUGGGCAUUCUGCCAUGUCUACAAAUAGAUGUUCCCAUGGAAA